CCAUUGUUCAACGUAUUUUUUUGCGCGACAGCUGCAACACAUCGCGAGAAUGGGCGCAGGCAACUCAAAGCCCGAGGAGGGCCUUGCUCAGCAUGUUUUCAAAGCGGAUACGCCAACCAGAUUUUCGGGUGACCUUGUAGAAUCGUUGCAGGACAGCUCACAGUCCGAUGCGACGCGGUCGGCCAAUCUGGAGCUCAAAAUCCAAACCCGCGUGACCUCCGAACUUGAGAAACUGGCUGCUGAGGAAGAGGCCAAAUAUAAGGCCGUCGCCGAGUCGAUAUCUAAACAAGCAGAGGAAACACCUUCUUCCGAUGAAAACCCUUCUCUAACCGACAAGCUCACUGGUGUCGCCGCUGAAAAGGAGCGCAAAGCACAACUUAGUCACUCGUCCGUCAGCAAGGAGAUCGCAGACCUGCGCAAAAAGCUUGAAAGUAGGAAGAAAAUUGAACAAGUAGAUGCGGGAGUGGAGAAGGCGAAGGAGGAACUUGUGCAGUGUUUAAGAUUGAACGAUAGAAGACCAUUGGACUGCUGGGCUGAAAAGGAGGCAUUCAAGCGCGAAGUAAGCAGAUUGGAGAGGGAAUUUGUGGAGAGAACUGUUCGAUAAAGCGUGCACAUUCGCAUAUAUGGCACAACAAGAGAAGUAGACCGUGUAUCUAUAUACAAUGAGGGCAUUGGAGACGUAGAUUUGUGUUUCAAGAACAAGCAAUGAAAACCAACAACAGAAAGAAUCAGGUUCUGAAGAACUGAAAUGUUAUAUAAACAGCCUCUAAAUCUGAACCUUGAGCUUCUCCGC